CUUUUCACCCCUCUCCCUUCUUCCUUCCUCCCCGUCUUUAAUGGGUUUUCUCAAUUUGUGUUCUUAACUUCCGAAACUCCAUCUUUCCCGUUUCGUCGCCCUCUUUUCCCUGAACUGAUCCGCCAUAGUCGCCGUCCUCUGUUUUUCUUUUCUUCCUCUAGGAACAGAGUUGAUCACGUUUUUGUGUGUGUGUGUAAUUCACGAAAUCUUAUUCAAUUGUUGAUGGAUCUCAUCAUCCAUUCCCGAUGCCGUCCAGGGGACACCCAAAAGAUUUUGAUCUCUUGGGAUUCACCAAGCUAGAAAGCAAAACAAUUCUUCAUUGAAAAAAAUAAGAUAAUGGCGUGUUUGCCAGUCGGUAUGGGUGCGUGCCUCCAGCUCAUAACUAGCUAAUCUUGAUGUUUGUUGCAUCUUCUUAAAGCCCAAAUUUAACGAAAGGGAAUGGGCAUUUGGGGAUGGUGAUGAUGGGUGUAACAGGGCAAGCGACGACUUCUUCUCCACCACAUGAUCUUCCACUCCCACCUCCUCCUUCUGGCCAGAUUCCCAGGCUACCGGAUGGAAGCAAAAGCACCGAUCAGUGCAGUACCAGCGGCAGUACCAAGGGGGGAUUUGGUUCCCCUGAGACGUCGCCGGAGGCCGAAAAGGGCGACACUUUGGGGAACAUGAACCAGUUCAGUAGUGCAGGAAAGCCGCCCAGAAAUGUAUCCGCUAUGCGCCACUGUAGCAGCUCUGUUUUCUUGCCUGAUUCUGAAUCAGAUAUGGGAACGGGCGGGUUGAAGUCUCCAGGUUCAUCAUCAACAUCAAAUGACAAGACUCAGUCCUCGUUCGAGCCAUGGUUUCGUUCGGGGAGUUGGUCGGAGAAAGGCCCCAAACAGUUCAUGGAAGACGAGUUCAUUUGCGUCGAUAAUCUGCAGCAACAUAUCCACCAUUUCUUUGGGUCUGCUACUUCUGCAGCAAGUAACGACAGCGACAACAACCAUAAGUACAAGGAGCUGCCUUCACCAUCCGCAGCAUUUUAUGGGAUCUUUGAUGGGCAUGGAGGGGUGGACGCGGCGUCGUUUACAAGGAAGAACAUGCUGGAAUUCAUAUUGGAAGACUCGCAGUUCCCAAGUGGGACGAAGAAGGCGGUGAGGAAUGCGUUUGUGAAGGCCGACCAUGCGCUCGCCGAUGCCAAAACUGUCGACACUUCCUCUGGCACCACCGCCCUCACUGCUCUUAUUCUCGGCAGGAGGAUGUUGAUCGCGAAUGCUGGAGAUUCGCGAGCAGUGUUGGGGAAGCGAGGGAGAGCAAUCGAGCUAUCGAAGGACCACAAACCCAAUUGCACGUCAGAAAGGCAGAGGAUAGAGAGAUUGGGAGGGGUGAUAUACGACGGCUACCUAAACGGGCAGCUCUCGGUGGCUCGCGCUCUGGGAGAUUGGCACAUCAAGGGUGCGAGUGGGAAGGGGGGCAAGAGCCCACUGAGCGCGGAGCCUGAGCUAGAAGAGAUGGAGCUGACGGAAGAGGACGAGUUCUUGAUCCUGGGAUGUGAUGGAUUGUGGGACGUGAUGAGCAGCCAGUGCGCAGUGACCAUGGUGCGGAAGGAGCUUAUGCAGCACAACGAUCCCGCGAGGUGCUCUAAGGCUUUGGUUAAGGAGGCCUUACAACGCAACUCUUGCGAUAACUUAACCGUUGUUGUUGUAUGUUUCUCGUCGGAUCCACCUCCCAAAAUCGAGAUCCCUAGGAUCCAUCGGAGAAGAAGCAUCUCGGCUGAGGGUUUGGAUCUUCUUAAAGGUGUCCUAAAUAACGUAUAAAAAACAUGAACAAAUAUAACCAUAUAAUGGCGAAAUUAUUGUUUUCUAAUUGACAAGGAUGUACGUGGUCCUCUUUGACAUACUGCAAAACACUACAUUGCUAGGUGCAAGGACUAGAAAUUUGUGACAAGUGAGUGAGUAUAAUACACAAAUUAGACAUCAAUAAAUUGUAAGAAGUUAGUGGAGUGUUAAAAAGAGAGGACUAGAACCAUACACAAUACAAUACAAAACGUAAGAGAGAGAUUGAUAUUUUUUUGGGAUUACUAUAGUGAUCAAUGCUCAUUUUCCCCCUGUAUUUUCUUGGGAGCAACAGUAGCCAUCAGUCUAUUCACCCAGCCAUACAAGUGGAGUACUGUAGAGUUUUGAUUUCACUGAGAGUUUUUCUUUUCAAUUCUUUUGUUACCCAAAGAAAAGAGAUGAGAGUAAUGAGAUACGCUAGACGAGGGCUAGUUUUGU